AUGGCCCCUUCCGCUCAGGCGGAGAAGCGUUUACUCUGGCAUCCAAGAUGGGACAACAAGUUUGUUUGUUUUGCUUGGUCGCCAGACCCUGCAUUCGACGACCUAUUUGCUGUCGGAUCAGCAUCUGGACGCGUCGACCUCAUCAGGCUAGAGGCAACCAGAGUCGCUCGGAAUAACGUUCUCUCAAGUGGACCCGUCGUCACCCUUCCCGUACGCAACUCUAGAUCAUGCAACGCCCUUGCAUUCUGCAACACAGACCCCAACUACCUAGCUGUCGGCCUCGAUAAAGUUCGUGGAGAUUCCACGCGUGCUGAUGUCGGUCAUAGGACAGAUGGGCGUGUUCUACAACAGCACGCUCCUACAGAAAUAGUUUCAGCGCUCGCAUUCCUCCCGCAAUCUACACAUAUCCUCUUAGCUGGUAUAUCAGCGCGGUGGCUGCGGCUCUUCGAUCUCCGUAGCGCAGUCCCCGUAACUACCAACAUCGCGACUAAAGUCCACGGCAUCGCAACAUCUCCAAUCGACUCACACCAAAUCGCUUGCUGUGGAGAUGGGAUCAUAACAGUCUGGGACGCCCGACGACUCCCACAUCCAUUACUCACGUUCACAGAAAAAGACGCAGCAGCUGACGGUGCUAGACCACGCUCUGCGUCUUUUGUCAACCAUAUCGAAUUUUCGAGCUCGAGAAGGGGUGUGCUUGCAGCGCAUGAGAAGGAUUCUUCGUAUGUGCGGUUUUGGGAUUUGCAGCAAGCGCAAGGAAGCGAGAAUUAUUCCUAUUCGGAUGGGGAAAGAUCGGGGGAAUCGUCGCAGGUUCGGGCUAAUAAGAGGUCUUGGGCGCCUUGGACUGCUGCUGGACCUGGGCUGAGGCAUAGUACUAUGGAAUUGCAGGAGACGUUGGCGCUUGUUCUGACUGAUACGCGGAAAACGACGAGCUUUCCUAAACCUCUUGCGUCUUUUGCCCUCGUUCCGAGUAAGCGCGCCUUUUCGCUUACAUCGGAAGUUAUGGUCGUCAAUAAAGAUGGAGAUCUUGAACUUUAUGCUGUGCAUGAUACGCCUAAGCAGGCGUCGUGGAGUCCACGCGGGGACUUGGCGGUUGGUGCUGGACUGGGAUGUAAGGUGCUCCCGGGCUUCCAGGAUCGUGGGGUUCCACCACAGCCAUGGGAAAUACGCAUUCAGGACGAGACGACGACUCGGGGGCGCGGGAAAACUGGAAGUCUUCCACCGUUUGGGAGGGGCGAUGACGAUGGGUUCCCGGCUCUAGAAGGCAAAGCCUCACCAUCGAAGCCUGUAAAGGCCAGGACAUAUAGUCCAGCUUCGUUUCGACACUAUCCACUCGACCAUUCUGAGCUGUCUGCGUCGUUGGGUGGUGCGAGUGCUCAGACGGCUGUGAGGCCUCAGAUUGUGGAGGAGCCGAAAUUAAAGAGUCAUCGACAAGGUGCAGAGAAGAGUUCACCGAGAGGGAAGAGUUCGAUACGGAGUGUUCAUCAAGUUGUGGAGGAUGAUAUUUCUAUGAUGAUGCGUCGGCGCACUAUCCGUGGAUAUGGGUUAGCAGACGCCAAGCACAAUGCCCAAGUCGUACAGGAAGAUUCGUGCUCAGAUACGAUGCUGUCAGAACUAUGGGCUUGGAUACAUCAUUCACGCGAACUCGUAUGCUCCCCGACACCAAGAUUGCACGGGUACGAAUUCUCAAACCAAGGACUUCUUGGAUUGUGGGAAGGAUUCGCCCCGCUGCCUCAGGUUCCUGAGCCGGGCUCGUCUUCGCCGGGUGACUCUAGUCUUUCUCCACUAUCUACUCCUGCUGUGCUUGAUCCCUUGACACGGAUGAGACAGCAGCCUGACGAUUUGGCCUACGGGGAUUUCACAGCCGCCGUUGCUGCUCUAUGUGCUCGACGGACUUCUGGCUCGCACCGUCCCUGGAAACCUCCCGUCCGGACAAGUAAGCUUGAACAGAGACAGUUUGCGUUGCAUCUCUGCGGGUGGGGUGUUGGGGAGGACGAAAUGAACCAUGCGAUUAGAAAGCGAGUACAACGCAUGCGUUUGUGGGAAAAGGAGGGUCAACAGUCAAGAGCAGCGUGCUGGCUUGUCUUUACGCGACAAUAUUCAAGGGCGCUAGAGCUCCUUAUGCGGAGUAAAAGUACGGUCGUCUCUCUUUCUGUGUCGUUCGCUGGCAGCACGCCAUCCAACGAAGUGCGCGACCACGCCGAGCGCCUCAUCAUCCGCCUUCAAGAUCCGUACUUCCGUGUUAUGUUUACUCAGCUCACUUCCAAGGACUGGUCUGAGGUUCUUGAGGAGGAAUUACUUCCACUGCGAGAGCGUCUUGCAGUUGCAUUUCAAUUUCUAGAAGACAAAGCGCUCUCAGCAUACCUACGGCGCAUAACUGACCGUGCCUGUACACGUGGUGACAUUGAAGGUCUCAUCAUCGCAGGCCUCACCCCCACAGGCAUGGACAUUUUGCAAAGCUACGUAGACCACACGGGCGAUGUGCAGACCGCUGCUAUCCUCGCUGCCCAUAUAUGUCCUGCCAAAUUUGCAGACACGCGGGCGGAGCGGUGGUUGGAGGCGUAUAGGGACUUGUUGGACGGCUUUAAGCUGUUCCACCACCGCGUUGCGUUUGAUGUCGAGCGGGGGCAGAUACUGCAGGAUGCGGUGCUGAAUGGUGAUCUGGCGCCGUUUGAGUGGGCGCCGAAGCAGAUUUUGAUUCGGUGUAAUUAUUGUUCGAAACCGAUGAAUCCUGUGUUUUCUGAGACGCAGAAGGGACGGCCUACUGCGUGUCCGCACUGCAGUCGUGCCCUCCCGCGGUGUUCAGUCUGUCUGAUGACACUGAGCAUUGUCCCAGAUGACACGCGUGAUGUUGAGCUUGCACACUCGCAGGCUACUUACCGAGACACCAUCGAUGAGGCUAUCGUCAUCUGCCAGACAUGUCGGCACGGCGGACACGCAUCGCAUAUUCUUGAUUGGUUUUUUGGUGAAGACGGUGCACGUUCACGUGGUAUGUGUCCUGUGGCGGAUUGCGAUUGUCACUGCGCGGAUGAGUUCUAG